AUGGCGAAGCGCCCUAAUUCAGCAAGAGUGCCUAAAAAAACGUCCAGAUCAAGAUUAAAUAAGAACCUGCAGAUAGCAAGAGCAUUGGCCUUUCAAAAUAUAAAACGAAAUCCUAAUCCACUAAUGCAAUCAACAACGUCUGUAAGAAAUGAAUUUGAACAAGAUUACCCUGCAUUAGAAAUAGAGGUUGACCAGUCUUAUAAGUCAAUAAAACAUUUGUUGAACGGUCGCCGCAUUGUAAACUUAGGUCACGUUCUCAGUGAAUAUGAGAAAAUUUGUAAGCAUGGAGACAAAUGUACGAUGGGAAAGAUGACUUUCGUAAAAGAAACAAGAUUUGGAUUGACUUCAAGACUGCAUUUUUUUUGUGAUAAUUGUGAAGAAGCCACUGUAUUGAGCACUGAUCCAAAUAAUGGGGAAAAUGAAAUAACGAAAGCUGUUGUAUGGGGCAAUAUGUCAAUAGGAAUUGGUAAAUAUCAAUGUGAGGAAUUAUUCGCCAUUAUGGACAUUCCGUUCAUGACACAAAAAACGUAUAGUCAGACUACUGCUGGAAUAAAAAAGAUUUGGGAAGAAAAACUUUUUGAGAAUAUGCAGAAAGCGGGAGAAGAGGAGAAGAAAUUAGCAUUGGAAAAAGGCAAUGUGAAUGCCGACGGAACGCCCUUCAUAACUGUAAUUGUAGAUGGAGGAUGGAGUAAAAGAAGUUACGGGCAUGGAUACAAUGCUCCUUCAGGAGUUGGAGUCAUAAUUGGUGCUGAAACAAAAAAACUUUUAUUUGUAGGAGUGAGAAAUAAAACUUGUUCCUCAUGCUUUUAUUAUAAAAAACAUAAUUUAGCCCCAAAGUCACAUGAUUGUGCACUCAAUUUCAGUGGUCCUUCAACAAGCAUGGAGCAAGAUAUAAUAACAGAUGGCUUUUGCAAGAGUAUCGAACAGCAUGGACUUCUAUAUAAAUAUUUGAUAGGUAAAAAACCCAAAUACAUAAUUAUCGAUUACUACAAUGUGAUGGAGAUUCAAGUGUAUAUUCAAGGGUUGUUGAAAAGGUCCCGUACGGUCGGCAAAUUGGUUAAAUCAGUGAGAAUUAUUGUGAAAAAUAAUAAAAAUGAUGUGGUGAUGUUACGCAGGGAUUUGGGAAACGCUCCUUAUCAUAUAUUUGGAAACCACGAGAACUGCAGGGACACAUAUUGCAAAAGGAAAAACGACGGGGAAGAAGAUUGUACUAAGAUAAUGAGUCCGCUCUUUUUUCAAGAGAUUUUGAAAAUCUUAGAGCCUAUGAAAAAUAAGGCGGAUAGAUUGGCAUACAAUGAAACCACAAACCAAGCAGAAAGGUAUAUGGCUCUUGUAGCAAAAUGUACGGGAGGAAAGAGAGUCAACUUUGGCCGAUCAAUUUCAUACACCUGCCGUGCCUAUAGUGCUGCACUUUCCCAUGCUGAUGGUCCUUCCUGGCAUCUGAAUGCAUGGAAGGGGAAUAGCAGCAAUCAUAUGAUACAAUUUUGUUUGAAGAGGAAGCGGCAUAAUGAGCAGAGGAGGGAGAGGAUUAUUCCGUCGAAAUCAAGAAAACUAUGUGUUGGUCCUGAUUCCAAUUACGGACCAAAUGCUUCGCAACCGGACAUGGCUGAAAUUGAAAUAGAGGAGAAGAAAAUAAUUUUCCUUCAGAACCUACGGGACAGAAUUUCAGGGGAUUCAUCCAUACAAGAAAUAGAGAUGAAAACAAGAGGACAACACGAUAAUGUAUUGUGGAGGGAAUAUCGACAGGAUUAUCUCACAUCAUCGAAUUUCGGAGCAGUGGUGAAAAGAAGAAGGACAACACCCUGCCAUAAUUUGGUGAAAUGCCUCCUCUACAAAAAACCAAUAAACACUCCGGGAGUUUUAUAUGGCAGAGUUAAUGAGAAUCGGGCUAUUGAAAUAUAUGAAGCCACAAAAAAUGUUGAAGUAACACGCUGUGGCUUCAUAAUAGAUCCCGAUUUCCCAUUCUUAGGUGCCUCGCCUGAUGGACUGAUCAAGCAUGAUGGUCUGAUAGAGGUCAAAUGCCUUCAAUCUGUAAAGGGUAAGCUUAGUGAAAACAAAAAAUCGAAAUGCUAUACUGUUCAUCAGGAUGGAUUAAGGUAAGAAACAUUUCAUGGAUUAUAAUGUUGCAUUAUAAUUAUGAUACGUCACAUUGAAAAUAAUUUUUACAGGUUGAAGAAGAAUCACAACUACUAUUUCCAGAUUCAGGGCCAAUUGAACAUAUGCAGAAGAGAAUAUUGUGAUUUUAUUCUAUACUGCGACAACGAUUUUCACGUAGAAACCAUUAAAAGAGAUGAGAAUAUCUGGAAGAAUAUUAUGGUACCAAAAUUGAGAGAAUUCUAUGAAAAUUGUAUUCUCCCGGAGAUAAUAGAUGGGAGAAUUCCAAGAGGAAUGCAAGUUCGCGAGCCAGAAUCUUGAACUUAUGCUUCAACGCGUAGGGCUUUCCCUCGCUUACCAAAAAAAGUUCUUGAAAUUUAAAUACACUUAUAAAAUAUUUUUUCUCCGAUUGACAACAAAUUUCAAUUUUGCAGACACAUAUCAAUCAGUAAAGUAUUACUUUUCCUGCCUACGCAGCAAAGUAAGUACUUUCAUGCUUAGGCAUCAUCAGAAAUGAUUAAUGGAAAAAAAAAUUUCAAACUACAAUUAUUAUGGACAUAUACAUUUCCAUAGCAACCAACCAUCGAACAAUUGCAAUUUGUAUGAAAUUUCAUUUCAAUUUAUCACUACAAAAAAAAUUAAAAGAUCAAUACUUAUACAUGGCCGAGCGUAGCGUGACUAGGAAUUCAGCUGAGGUAGUCAAUUUACUGCUUUGCCGCCUAAUAAAACAAAUAACUAUCAAAAGUGACUUUUAUUUGACAAUAACCUUUUUUAUCCGAUUUGAAAAAAUUAUUAAAUAUUGAACUUAGAUGAGCUGAAUAUAUCUGUAAAAACCCCAAGUGUUCCUUUUCUUAUUGCCUUCACUCAUUUUUUUACGUGUCAAAUGUCAAAUAAUCAUU